AAGAUACAUCAAAUUAAAAUAUCACAUGUACACAAUAAUAACACAAAUAUUAUUCAAGGAGUAAAUGAAAAAAAUGCCAUAUUAGACAAUUUUAAUAUAACAAAAAAAAACAACAUAUACACAAGCAAAAAUAAUAAUACUAGUUAUAAUAAUAAUAAUAAUAAUAAUAAUAAUAAUAAUAAUUACUAUAAUAAUAAUAACCAUGUUGAUACCUUUUUAAAUCAACAUGUUUUAAAAUCGAAAAAAUCCUACUUUAAAUCACGCUUUUUUUAUUUUGAUUCAUCCAAUAUUAUACCCAUGAAAUUUUUUAAAAAAAAUAAAAAAUUACAAGAACAAAAUGAUAUACUUGACAAUAUAUGU